UGUAUAUAAAGCCAAGCAAUCGUGACUGCCAUUUAUAACAAACACUUUAUUCCUUGUCCUUCGGUUCUAUUGAUUUAUCAAACAUCACUCGCAUAUACUCAUGGCUCAAUACAACAACGCCGUCUUGUCUCUGACCAAGACCGAAACACCGGACCCUUAUAUUACCUACUCGGCAGCAACCCGCCAAUUCUAUCUUACAUUUACUGCGGGCGACCGCGUAGAGCUAUGGAGGGCUGACAGUUUGCCCAACUUCCACGAUCAUCCAGACAAGCACGUCAUCUGGAGACCACCCCCAGACACCGAACAUUCGAACGAUCUUUGGGCUCCAGAACUGCAUUGUUUGAGAGGACGCUGGUAUGUCUACUACGCUGCAUGCCAUCCAAAGCAUGGCAACAAGUCGCACAGAAUGUUUGUGCUUGCCGGACCACCCGCAGAUCAAGACCCGACUACUGGUUCGUGGGAGUUUGUGGGACCUAUCAGAGGCAUGGGUCAACAUCAAUGGGCCAUCGACGGGACCGUGAUUGAGCUACAUGGUCAGCUGUACUUUGUCUAUUCUGGCUGGCCCUUUGAUAACCCGAACGAAUCCGAUCUCCUACAACAUCUCUUCAUCCUUCGUUUGUCCGACCCAGUCACUGCUGCUUCGGACCCCGUUGAAAUUUGCAGGCCUGAUGAGCCCUUCGAACGUGUGGGAGACCAUGGCAUCAAUGAGGGACCGCAGUACCUCGCCUCUCCGGACAACUCUUGGAUUGGCAUAGUCUAUAGUUGCUCGGGUAGCUGGACCAACGAGUACAAGAUGAACUGCCUUCGCUGGACUGGUGGGGACCCUUUGAGACCGGACUCGUGGCAGAAGAGCAUGAAGCCUUUGAUCAAGAACGGCCCACACGGCAACGGCCCAUGGGGUCCUGGACAUGGUUCUUUCAUGCACAUCGGCGAUGAUGUCGUUGGCAUCUACCAUGCCACUGACCGCCCUGAUGACGGCUGGGGUAACAGAAAGGCUAGGAUGCAGAGAGUGGUCUUCACUCCCGAAGGUCCCUGGAUGGGUGAUGGUGUAGGAGAGCUCACCACAUCAAUGUCCGCCUUUGUCGGAAAUGAGCAUCACCAGGCCGAGGGAGGCAACAACAAGAAGCAUGGCCAUGGCAUCAAGGGGUUCUUGAAAAGGAUCAAGGACGAGCUUUGAUGUGGCGCCAGGUUGGCCCUUCAUAACGAGUCAUGAUAGCUUAACCUAGAGACAAAAUCACAACUUUUUGUGUCACUUUUUUGAGAAGUGAUCGUAGCGG